GCAGCCAAGUUGCAUCCCAAAUAUCGGCAUUCAUCUGAGGCUGGGAGUACUGCUCAUCACAGGGGAGACACACACACUUGGUCUGCGACGGCGACGAUGGCCAGAAGAUACUGAGGGACAGCAACUCAAUAGACAAGUCUCUGGUCUCAUAAAUGUCAACCUGCUCUGAUAUUUUUAUGGGUCUUUCUCAUCAACCAAAGAUUGAGUCCGCUGGCCGACUGAACCGCCGACUUGACUCGGGUAGAUCUGCACCUAGCCUCGGUCUCCUCCUGAUCUGACGGGACUCACUUCAAAAGCUCCAGUAGAAUCGGGAUCUGUCCAACACCAGCCAACGCUGCCCAUGGAUGACUACGACCUUCGCUCGGCUGCCAGCAUCUUGGCCUCGGUGAAGGAGCAGGAGGCGCGCUUCGAGCAGCUGACCCGAGCGCUGGAGGAGGAGCGCCGCAACGUCACCCUGCAGCUCGAGCGUGCCAACCUGCCUCCCAACCCCUCCACCAGCCAACCACUGGCAUGGCAGCAAUUGGUGAUGCAGGAGCAGAGCCCCAGUAACGCCACAUCCCUGGCCAUGAUGCAGGAGCCGCAGGAGGUGGUGGAGGAAACGGUCACCAUAGAGGAGGACCCUGGCACUCCCACCUCCCAUGUCUCAGUGGUCACCUCUGAUGAUGGAACCACGCGGCGCACAGAGACCAAGGUGACCAAGAUGGUGAAGACGGUAACCACUCGAACCGUGCGUCAGGUACCUCUUGGCCCGGAUGGUUUGCCCUUGCCCGAGGGGACGUCCCCGCUGGGUAGCUACACAGAUUCCAUCGACAGACGUUACAUGAAGAAUGGAAGUGACCGCUUCAUAACGCCUCAAGCAACGUCCACUCUGACGCGCUCUUAUAACAACUCAUACAACGACUCAUAUGGCGAGACACCGGAGAGCCAAUAUAUUCGCCACUAUGGCUUGCACGAUGGAUAUGCUGAUUUGACGGACAACUAUGGUAGCCUGUCUCGUGGGGUCAAUUUCCGGCCACCGCGCUAUCCCUACAUGCCCAACAGUUACCGGCCAGAGAACAGCUACACACUGCCUAUUCGUAAGGAUGACUAUGGUCACGUGGCACAGCCUCAGGUGCCAAUGGGGAGCAGCACUGUGGAUCUAAACCGCUCACAACCAGAGCGCUUCCAGCCAGAGCCGUARGGCUUAGAGGAUGAUCGACGUAGUUUGGGCCCUGAAGAUGAAGAGCCGUAUGAGUUGGAACCCGACUACUCCACUGCCAACCGCCGCACCCUACCGCGGCCCAACAGGGGACGCACUCACAGGGAACCUCUUCGUGAUAUGCACAGAGUCAGGGGGUAUCCAGAUGACCCCAUUGAGGCAGAACUGAUUGAGGAGCGCCACCCUUACAUCCAUGGCAUGUAUUCAGCACCACUCGCUCAGCCUGAGAGGGGGAGCAUGGCCAGUCUGGAUAGAAUGGGUGGCCGACGUUCGCCUUCCAUCGACAGCAUCCGCAAGGACCCGCGUUGGCGGGACCCGGACCUCCCAGAGGUCAUUGCCAUGCUGGGUCACCCUAUUGACCCAGUGAAAUCCAACGCUGCUGCCUACCUGCAGCACCUGUGCUACGAGAACGACAAGAUUAAGAAGGACGUGCGCCAGCUGAAGGGGAUCCCUGUACUUGUGGCACUUUUGGAUCAUCCCAAGUCUGAAGUUCACCGCAAAGCUUGUGGCGCUCUGCGAAACAUCUCCUAUGGUAAAGACAAUGAGAACAAGGUAGCCAUUAAGAACUGCGAUGGCAUCCCGGCCCUUAUUCGUUUGCUGAGGAAGACCAAUGACAUGGAGGUUCGAGAGCUCAUCACAGGAACCUUGUGGAAUCUGUCAUCAUACGAGCCCCUGAAGAUGGUGAUCAUCAACCACGGCCUUCAGACCAUGACCAACGAGGUCAUCAUUCCUCACUCGGGCUGGGAGCACGAACCUAACGAAGACUCCAAGCCUCGCGAUGCAGAGUGGACCACAGUCUUCAAAAACACUUCAGGCUGCCUCAGAAACGUGAGCUCAGAUGGGGCGGAGGCUCGGCGCCGACUGAGGGAGUGUGAGGGUUUGGUUGACGCUCUGCUGCACGCUCUUCAGUCAGCUGUUGGUAAAAAAGACAUGGACAACAAGUCUGUUGAGAAUUGCGUUUGUAUUAUGAGGAACCUCUCCUACCACGUCCACAAAGAGGUACCAGGGGCCGAAAAGUUCCAGGACCCAUCAGCACUACAGGCCCCUGGAUCAGCAGGACCACAGAGGAAGAAGAAGGAUGAUGCUGGCUGCUUUGGAGGCAAGAAGGCCAAAGAGGAAUGGUUUAAUCAAGGUAGAAAGAGUGGUGAAAACGACAAAAACUAUGACACAUUGGAUCUGCCCAAGCGUACAGAGCCAUCCAAAGGCUUCGAGCUGCUGUACCAGCCAGAAGUGGUUCGGCUGUACCUUUCUCUGCUGACGGAGAGCCAGAACUACAACACCCUGGAGGCAGCUGCAGGGGCUCUGCAGAACCUCAGUGCUGGACAGUGGACUUGGUCCAACUACAUCCGAGCCACGGUGCGGAAGGAGAAGGGUCUGCCCAUUCUGGUGGAGCUGCUGCGCUCCGACUCAGACAAAGUGGUCCGGGCUGUAGCCAUUGCCCUGCGGAACCUGUCCAUUGACCGCCGCAACAAGGAUCUGAUCGGAAGUUAUGCCAUGCGGGACUUGGUGAGUAACCUGCCCAGCGGUCAGCAGCGACCAGCCAAGAACCUGGAGGAGGACACYGUGGUCGCCAUCCUCAACACCAUCCACGAGAUAGUCACGGACAGCUCUGAAAACGCUCGCUCCCUCGUCCAGGCCCAGGCCAUCGAGAAGCUGGUCGCCAUCAACAGAACAAGCCAAUCAGCUCGUGAAACAAAGGCGGCGUCCCACGUGCUACAGACGGUUUGGAGCUACAAGGAGCUGCGGAACGCUCUGACCAAGGACGGCUGGAACAAGAGCCACUUUCAGCCCACUGUGGCAGUCACCCCUAAAGCAACCAAGAAUGGCAAACCAGGUUAUGACGACACCACUCUGCCCCUGAUGGAGAAGAACCAAGAUGGUUACUCCACCAUUGACCAGAGGGACAAGGACUGCAAAUAUAAAACAGACGAUGGCUCAACCGACCCAACAGAACGAGAACCAUUAAAGGCUUAAAAAAAAGCAAGAGUGCAACACGCCCGGCUAGAAGAGGAUCUGUCAUAUCACCACUGCCAUUUCACCAGAACUCAUCUUUGGAGUCGGACUUUGUACAGCAGAGAGGAUUUUGAAGAAUAAUGAUCAAAACAGCAACUACCCAGCAGCAGCUGGCACUCGGUCAUGCUUUUCCAAAAAAGAAAAAGACAAAAAAAUGUUUAAAAAGAACAAAAAGGAGUGACUUUUCUUUCUACUUUGUCAUAUCAACAUUCCUGGACAUCAUGUGAAUUUUACAGUGUUUACUACAACAACAGGACAGAGGCUGGUGGAGGGAGUGGAAGCGUAACGAGAGGAAGAAGAGAAGGGAAGAAUCGCUGAUGGGAUGUGAACGUGUGUUGAAAGACAACCUGUGCCUGGUUUUAAAAAGUGGGUUUUUAAGAACUUUGCUCUUAAUGUAUUGCCAGAUUUUGACAUAAACAGGUUUAGGCUGGUGUGUUUGAAAGCUGCUGAAGGUUUGCUGAGACAGAGAGAGAUAGAGGGGGGGAAAGAGAGAAGAGAAACCGAGCCUGAGAAAAACUGUAGCAUCGUAGUGAAACACAGAACCGUCUGCUCUCAUGAACUGAAAAUUCAUCUGGGUUCACUGUGUUUUUUUUACAAAGAAGAAUUUAAAUUAAGAAAGGGGGGGGCACUACUUUUAAAUCAGACAUGUGAAACAGGUUAUGAAGUGUGCAAGUUGUGAUCUGAGGAAAAAGCAAGUGAGAUGCUGAGUUCAUCUGACGGCGUUUCUGUUCACACGGCGCCGCAGGAGGAAGCUGAAAUGGAAACGAGUCCAAACGGCGACGUACGGUGGGCUGUGUGAGCCAGGCGGUUACUCGUGUGAACACUCAGGUUGUGUAGUGGUGCGGCUUCACGAGUUGCUGAGCUAGUUGCUGUUUGUUAGUGUUGUGUAAUAAAGAGAAUAUAAGACAAUAUGUUUAUAAAUGAUUUUUUUGUUGUUGUUGUUCUUGGUUGUUUUGAAAGAGGGAAGUUUGUUCCCUUGUUUAAAAGGUUAGCUCUAAAAGUUGGUUUUUAUAUAAAUGUAUAUUAGAGUAAAACAAAACCAAGAAAAAAAUGUGAAAAAUUACGACAAAAACAGCAAAAAAAAGAGAAAAGAAAAAAAUCAGACUUCUUAGUUGUAUAUUAAUACCACAUGUUUGGAAAGCACAUCUCAUUUGAUAUUGGCUCACCAUGUUUGUAAAUGACAAAUAACCACAUGUAUAACUUCGAUGUGUGUUGUCAAGUCCACAGCAAGGUUCACCUAUUUAUAUUUUGUGUUUUCCAGAAGGGUAACAGGUUAAUGGAUAUGUGUUUCUCCAGCAGGGUCAGACAGGAAAUAAGGAACAAUCUGAUAACAUUAAUAAUAAAAUAUAAAGAUUUUUUUCUAUUUCUCAUGCAUUUCUAGKUCAUGUAAUCACCACAAACCUGCUGCUGCAUCUUUAAUGAAAUUAUAAAGUCGUGAGCAUGAAGAAAAAAAUCUUUACAGAUGUUUAUAUUCUUUCCAAGUGCCAGUUUUUCCGUGGUGUCGUUUCUGGAUAUGAACUAAUUCAUUCAAGCGCAUGAGAUGAGAGGUGGAUCACAGGUUGCGGUCAGAGACGGUGGCAUUGUGUAUGUUUAAAUAUCAAGYUUGGACUUAUAGUAUAUAUAUUUUUACAGUGGCAUUGGGGUGGGAAGAUGAGGAGCAGAAUCCUGAUCCGAUUGAAGCUGGUGUCACUCAUGCGUCUCUCACUCAAGGCGAACGGCAUGUGCCUGCGUUAGUCCGAUUCUUUUCUUUGUGACGUAUGUGACUUUGUAAAGCUUGCAUAUUUUACACGGUGUUUACAAAGAUGUACGUUGUGGUUAAAAAAAUCAACUUACUGUAUAAUAAAUUGAUUUCUUUUUUUUAAAAAAAGGCUAAACAUGUCAUAACGCCCACCAUCCCUUUUGUGUGUCCUCAGACGUGUGGUUUCAUUGGACAAAGACCCAUGUGUCUGUCUGCUCCUAAAUGCACUACCACAACCAAAGGAUCUGGAGUUGUGUUCACAUGAWUUCAAAAAAACAAAGUGGGGUUCUUGGGUUUUUGUGAAUGUGCAUCCCGUCGUACAUUUACAGAACGGAGAACCGUACAACUGUGCUGUAAAAUCCACGGACAGGCGUCGAAUCAAACAAACCUACCUGUGUAGAUAAAAACGAUUCAAGACGUCCAACUAAAGGAACUGAGUAGCAGAUGUGUUUGUACCUUUCACGUGCCUUAAUCUUUUCCAUGGUAGAUGAAGAGAAAUGUGUUUUAUAUAACUCCAUUCCAACCCUUCUGACUGUCAUCUCCCCGUUCCUUCUGUUCACCUUCCCUCCCUGUGUCAAACCCGCCCCCCACAGCCCACUAAAACUCUUCAUUUCAUCCAUCCCGCCCCCACCCCCUCUGCCCCCCUUUAUGUAGUUUAGACUGUUGGCGGGUCCCUGCCUUGUAUUACAUUGUAUAAUAAACUUUUAAAGAGUUAGUCGUUUGACAAAUGGGUUUGGUUUCCUAGAGAAGUACGGCUGGUAAAGCUUUCGUAGUGAUCAGAGGCGAUGCCACAGUGACAGAAUGUAUUAUGUUCAUUUUACUAAUACCCAGAGGCAAAUAUUACGCUUGUUAAACWUAAUGGAAAAAAAUACUGGUUUGUAGAGUAUAAAUUUGGUGUGUUUUCAAUAAAUCAUGCCUGGAAAGAA